AUGCAAGAGAAUGAACUUUAUUUUUGGCAUGUUGCAUUCCUAUUCGUCUACUUUUGCUUUGUUCCAUUAUUUGUUUAUUCCUAUAGGUCUAUUCAUUUAUUCUGUUCCUUCAUCCUCUAUUGCUGUAGGUCUUCUUCUUUGUCUAUUUCCAUCUUUGCCCCUAUUGACCAAAUCGCCGCAAAUAGUCCAUCGUCUACUAUACUUACUGGCCGAAUGGCCUGUACCGAAAGUACAAAGAGCUUGCCUGACACUAUACAGAGACACUACAGCACUGGAGCUGCAGAGAUAGUCCGGUCGUAG